ACCACAACUACUGAAACUACAACCACUACAGAGGCACCAACAACUACCACUACAGAAGCCUUGACCACUACUACUGAAGCACCAACAACUACCACAACUACUGAAACUCCAAGCACUACAACAACUACAGAGGCACCAACAACUACCACCACAGAAGCCUUGACCACUACUACUGAAGCACCAACAACUACCACAACUACUGAAACUCCAAGCACUACAACAACUACACAGGCACCAACAACUACCACUACAGAAGCCUUGACCACUACUACUGAAGCACCAACAACUACCACAACUACUGAAACUGCAACCACUACAACAACUACACAGGCACCAACAACUACCACUACAGAAGCCUUGACCACUACUACUGAAGCACCAACAACUACCACAACUACUGAAACUCCAAGCACUACAACAACUACACAGGCACCAAAAACUACCACUACAGAAGCCUUGACCACUACUACUGAAGCAACAACAACUAGCACAACUACUGAAACUCCAAGCACUACAACAGCUACACAGGCACCAACAACUACCACUACAGAAGCCUUGACCACUACUACUGAAGCACCAACAACUACCACAACUACUGAAACUCCAAGCACUACAACAACUACAGAGGCACCAACAACUACCACUACAGAAGCCUUGACCACUACUACUGAAGCAACAACAACUACCACAACUACUGAAACUCCAAGCACUACAACAACUACAGAGGCACCAACAACUACCAUCACAGAAGCCUUGACCACUACUACUGAAGCACCAACAACUACCACAACUACUGAAACUCCAAGCACUACAACAACUACAGAGGCACCAACAACUACCACUACAGAAGCCUUGACCACUACUACUGAAGCAACAACAACUACCACAACUACUGAAACUACAACAACUACACAGGCACCAACAACUACCACUACAGAAGCCUUGACCACUACUACUGAAGCACCAACAACUACCACAACUACUGAAGCUACAACAACUACAGAGGCACCAACAACUACCACUACAGAAGCCUUGACCACUACUACUGAAGCACCAACAACUACCACAACUACUGAAACUCCAAGCACUACAACAACUACAGAGGCACCAACAACUACCACCACAGAAGCCUUGACCACUACUACUGAAGCACCAACAAUUACCACAACUACUGAAUCUCCAAGCACUACAACAACUAUACAGGCACCAACAACUACCACUACAGAAGCCUUGACCAGUACUACUGAAGCACCAACAACUACCACAACUACUGAAACUCCAAGCACUACAACAACUACACAGGCACCAACAACUACCACUACAGAAGCCUUGACCACUACUACUGAAGCACCAACAACUAGCACAACUACUGAAACUCCAAGCACUACAACAACUAUACAGGCACCAACAACUACCACUACAGAAGCCUUGACCACUACUACUGAAGCACCAACAACUACCACAACUACUGAAACUCCAAGCACUACAACAACUACACAGGCACCAACAACUACCACUACAGAAGCCUUGACCAGUACUACUGAAGCACCAACAACUACCACAACUACUGAAACUACAACAACUACACAGGCACCAACAACUACCACUACAGAAGCCUUGACCACU